CGGAGAGCGGAGCCUGGUUCAGUGUACAGUAUCUGGACCGGACCGCGGCGGGCAGGAAGCACAUUUGCAAGGCGGAGGAGAUGGAGGACAAAGAGAAAAAGAAGAAGGAUAAAAACUCGUCCAAUAGCGACAGAGUCACUCUGAAAAAAGAAAUUGGACUUUUGAGCGCUUGCGCUAUUAUCAUCGGGAACAUCAUCGGCUCUGGGAUAUUCAUCUCUCCUAAAGGAGUGCUGGAGCAUGCAGGCUCAGUGGGGCUGUCACUCAUCGUCUGGGUUUGUGGAGGGGGGAUCUGUGCCCUUGGGUCCAUGUGCUAUGCUGAACUGGGUGUCACCAUCCCAAAGUCUGGAGGAGACUACUCUUAUGUGACAGAAAUCUUUGGAGGGCUAGUGGGCUUCCUGUUGUUAUGGAGUGCCGUCCUCAUCAUGUAUCCGACCACACUGGCCGUCAUCGCGCUCACCUUCUCCAAUUACGUCCUGCAGCCGGCCUUCCAGAACUGCUUGCCUCCAUUCAUCGCCACCAGACUCCUCGCCACCAUCUGUAUCUUAUUCCUGACCUGGGUGAACUGCUCCAGUGUGCGCUGGGCGACGAGGAUCCAAGAUGUUUUCACUGUAGGAAAACUCCUCGCUCUGGCACUCAUCAUAGUGGUAGGACUCGUCCAAAUCUGCAGAGGACACUAUGAUGCCCUGCAGCCCAGUGUGGCCUUUGAGUUUCGUCAGGACCCCUCAGUGGGACAGAUAGCUCUGGCCUUCCUCCAGGCCUCAUUUGCCUACAGUGGCUGGAAUUUCCUUAACUAUGUGACAGAGGAGGUCGUGGAGCCACGCAGGAACCUGCCUCGCGCCAUCUACAUUUCCAUCCCACUGGUCACCCUGGUCUACACUAUGACCAACAUUGCCUACUUCUCCUCCAUGACCCCUGAGGAGCUGCUGGCCUCCAAUGCUGUGGCAGUGACAUUCGGGGAAAAGCUGCUGGGGAUGUUUUCCUGGGUGAUGCCAAUUUCUGUAGCACUGUCCACCUUUGGAGGAAUCAACGGAUAUCUGUUCACCUCCUCCAGAUUGUGUUUUUCAGGGGCCAGAGAGGGUCACCUGCCCUAUCUGCUGGCUAUGAUCCACCUAAAGAACUGCACUCCAAUCCCGGCCCUCUUGGUCUGUUGCAUUGCCACAAUAGUCAUCCUGUGCAUUGGAGAGACCCACAACCUGAUCAACUACGUGUCCUUUAUCAACUAUCUGUCCUAUGGGGUGACCAUCGCUGGCCUCCUCUACCUCCGCAAGAAGAGACCCAACCUGGCCAGACCCAUCAAGGUAAACAUGUUGAUCCCCAUCAGCUACAUGAUUUUCUGGGCUGUACUGCUGUGCUUUAGUCUGUACUCUGAACCAGUGGUUUGUGGCCUGGGAAUGGUCAUCAUGCUGACUGGAGUCCCUGUAUACUUUGUGGGUGUUCAAUGGAAGGAAAAACCCAAAUGGAUCUACAGGCUAGUUGAGAGAGUCACUUAUAUGGGCCAGAAGGUGUGUUAUGUGGUGUUUCCUCAGGAAGACCCUUCAGAGACUGAACCCCUCACUUCCUCCAAAGCCAUUGACUGAGCAGUGCAGUCAACCAGGAAUUCCCUUUUUACAUCAACAACUGUACUUCCAGUUUUUGCGUUACAAGUUUUCAUAUUGUUUGGUCAGUUUGUGAAUGGUGAAGAGAUGGUUUCGCCUAUGUUUCUUAGUCAUAGGUGCAGUCUGAAUGGGGCUGCAAUGAAGCCGCAGUAUAGAAGAAGUGGAUGGUUAUAUUUAGGGCAUUAGCAUGUAAAGCCCUAAAGCUAGGGCAUGUGUUGUAAUUGGUUGGUUUGGUAGCACUAUCCAUCCAUUCUCCUCACCAGUAUGCCAAGUUUUCUCUUUCAUGUGCAUUUUCAUCUCGUCUUCUCCCUUCUGCUCACUCAAGGAGCUUCCAUCUGUCAUCUUUCAAGUUCUUAUACUUUUAUUACUUUAACUAAAUCCUUGUGCUAAUGUGCCUUAUGAAAUGUAUGUGUCGGUAUAGUUGGUAAUUGGUUUGUGCGGGUAUUUUGAGCGUGUCAUAACUUUUAUGAGGUAAAUAUGCAAGCAGUUUCUGCACUUAGCAAUACUUCUCUAUUACUGCUGCUAUCUUCAGCUCUGUUUUCACUAAUUACUCACAUGAUGUUUCCUGUUGUCAACUGUGGAUGAGCAUUUUUCUGUCUGCAUCGCUGCCUGGUUAUAGUAUCUGGCCAUUUCUUUCACUUUACACCCCGUUUUUUCCUUUUUUUAGUACAUCACUCCUCUCUCCUGAUAGAUACUUUGGAUGUCUUCAUGUUCUUAUUAGAGAUGUGAUCUACACAAUGACACUAAUCUUUCCCAGCAAUAUUUACAAGACAUGAAAGACUACUUCAGCAGGAGGAUCACAGUUUAUGGCUUCAGCUUGAAAAAUUGCCAGCUCUCUCAGAAAUUAAUAAGCAGCAUUGUUGCAACACAUGAUGACAGGCUGUUCUUCCAGGUUUUUAAUGUUCACCGGUCUCUUUGGUCUCUGAGUUGACCAGCUCAAUCCCCCUGGUGAGCGUGUUGCUUUAGAAGUAUUCUCAUCUCUGGGAAUGGCACUGUGAACUCUCACAAGGUGCUUAACCUGCCAAGACAGUUAUUAGAUUUCACAUUUCUCACCUGAUGCUAUGAUACAGUACUUACACGAAGGUGUUGUUGGAUAACAUUAGCAGAAUCCAUUCUGACAGAUAGGUGGAUGAUUGGCAGUGGAUGUUUACUUGUGCAUUGACCUGCUCCCUCUUCCCCAAAGACCUAUCAUCACUGCAAUGAGCCCUGGCCCAGUGAUUUAUUAUAGAUCAACUGACUUACUGUGGUACUCUUGACAUAAUAUGAUUGAAGUAAUUAUAGUCCUAUUAACUUCUGUUAUCCUGUUUCCAAUAUAUUGAUUUAUUAUGGUCCAAAUGAAAUACAAAGUCGCCUCUAAAUUAUUUUUGGCCAAACUGAUCUCCCUUCUGGAGUUAUAGCACCACAGUAUGUUAAUUUACUGGGGUCCUGGUAACAUUGGUGUUGACAUGUAUUUGGGUAAUGUAUUACAUCACUUGUUUAUAGGCGGUUUAUGUUAUGCAUAAAACAGAAGAUGAAGGGUUAGGCCAGUGGCCUUUUUAACGUGAUGUAAACCAGCAGGUUGUGUAUAUUUAGUCCUUUUCCAGGCCAGCAGGUGCUGGGAAUUUCCCCUGCAUCAAAUCCACAGACGCACACUUAAGACAACAUGCAUGUCUGUUUGUAAUGUCCAGGCGCUGUUAGCUCAGUUGAGAUCUGUAAAUACUGUGUAAAGGAAAAAAAAUGUUCCAAGUGCGCCAGGGACUCCCACAAAGAUCAUUCCUCAGACAUGUUGUGAUACAUUUACAUACGUACUGUACAAUUGAUGGGUGUACCUCUGUGUUUUGUAAAAGAGUGUAAAGUUGUACAAGAAUAACAAUGUAAUUGCUUAUUAAAUAUAGCAACUUCUGAGAUGCAUAACUUUU